GGGGUGCUGCUCCCAACAUCCCCCCGGCCGUCCCCGGCAGCCAGGGGUGAACCCCGCCCCGGUGACACCGUACCUGCACGUGGGGACACGGGGGACGCCGCGGCCGGACACCCGCGGGCUCCGUCCCCGCCGCAGCCCGGGCAGGGGCCGCUGCCGCCGCCGCUCCGAGCGCUGCUCCUUCCUCCUCGCCCUCUUCCCCCGCCGCCUCUCCGGCUGCACAAAGAGCGGCAGCGAAGGCCCCGGGUUUGCCUCUAAAGGCAGCGGCUGGAAAUUUAAGGUGUCCCGGAGCCAUGUCUGCCCGCAGCGCUGCCCGCCGCAUUCCCCGGAUCGAUGGUGGCUGCAGCGCCUCGCCUCGUGUGCCUCGGGCGGUCGGGCUGGCGCUGGGUGCGCUGGGGUUGGUUUGGGACUGAUCAGGGAAGGUGAUCGUGUUGCUGUGGUGGGAGCGGCCGCAGCCGGCGGGACAGAGCCAUGUCUGUUCGGGAGUCCUUCAACCCCGAAAGUUACGAGCUGGACAAGAGCUUCCGUCUGACCCGAUUCACUGAGCUCAAGGGCACGGGCUGCAAAGUGCCCCAGGAUGUCUUACAGAAACUGCUUGAAUCUCUACAAGAAAACCAUUUUCAGGAAGAUGAACAGUUCUUGGGGGCAGUUAUGCCCAGGUUGGGAAUUGGGAUGGACACUUGUGUUAUUCCAUUGAGACAUGGAGGUUUGUCAUUAGUCCAGACAACAGAUUAUAUUUAUCCUAUUGUGGAUGACCCUUAUAUGAUGGGACGAAUAGCGUGUGCCAAUGUCCUAAGUGACCUUUAUGCCAUGGGGGUCACAGAAUGUGACAACAUGUUGAUGCUCCUUGGAAUCAGCAAUAAAAUGACAGAUAGGGAAAGAGACAAAGUGAUGCCUCUAAUUAUCCAGGGUUUCAAAGAUGCAGCAGAAGAGGCAGGAACAUCUGUUACUGGUGGCCAAACAGUGUUAAAUCCCUGGAUUGUUUUAGGAGGAGUGGCCACGACAGUCUGUCAGCCUAAUGAAUUUAUAAUGCCAGACAAUGCAGUGCCAGGAGAUGUGCUUGUAUUAACUAAACCCUUGGGAACACAAGUGGCUGUAGCUGUCCACCAGUGGCUAGAUAUUCCUGAAAAGUGGAAUAAAAUCAAACUGGUGGUAACGCAGGAAGAUGUAGAACUGGCAUAUCAGGAGGCAAUGAUGAACAUGGCACGGCUGAACAGGACAGCUGCUGGCCUCAUGCACACGUUCAAUGCACAUGCAGCCACAGACAUCACAGGCUUUGGGAUCCUGGGCCAUGCACAGAACCUUGCCAAGCAGCAGAGGAACGAGGUGUCCUUCGUCAUCCACAACCUCCCAGUCCUGGCCAAGAUGGCUGCUGUCAGUAAGGCCUGUGGCAACAUGUUCGGCCUCAUGCACGGCACUUGUCCAGAGACUUCAGGAGGCCUCCUCAUCUGCCUACCACGAGAGCAGGCAGCGCGCUUCUGCGCCGAGAUCAAGUCCCCCAAGUACGGCGAGGGCCACCAGGCGUGGAUUAUCGGCAUUGUGGAGAAGGGCAACCGCACGGCCAGGAUCAUCGACAAACCCCGGAUCAUUGAAGUGGCACCACAGGUGGCCACUCAGAACGUGAACCCCACGCCCGGUGCCACCUCUUAAUAGAGAUGAAAUAGCUGUUUGUUUUUGAAUAGAUCUAUUCCCUUAUCAUCCUACAAUUUAAAGAACUGUAAAAAGAAAAGAAAACUUGUUGUGUCUGCACAUCUGGUGGCCUUAGGUCAGUUUAUGAGUGGAUACAAAUAAUAAAAUCCAUUGCCUUUUUUUCCUGUUACAUUAACUGAAGAUGCACCUAAUCUUGAGGCAGCUUCUGAGUUGAGAAUUAUAUUGUUAUCCAAUACUGUUGAUUCAUUUUGAAUCUUUAGACACUUAUCUCUUGCCGCAUAGGCUCUUUUUAAAGGUGCUUUCACGUAGCACAGACAUUACCAGUAGUAGUGUCGAAUAGCAGUUUGUGUCCUUUCAUUAUGUGUAUAUUUAUCGUGAAUCUAAUUUUGAUGCCUUGAGUGAUAUUCCAGAAAGGCAAUAAAUUGACAAGACACACAGUGGGCUACCCAGUAGUAAGAGGUUGCAUGAUUGCAUUCAAUCUUUGAUUAAAAAAAAAAAUAUUUUAUUUUAUUUUCUAAAUUUUUUGGUAAAGUUUAGUCUUACCAAGAGCAUCUACGACCCUGGACAUUGCUUGGUAGUGCACUCAGUUUAAACAGCAAGUGCUGACUUUUUGCAUGGAAAGCGCUUCAGAGUCGAAGGAGUAAUUUUGAAUUUCAUUAUUUGUAGACCUGACAAUAUUUACUGUAUUAUCAAUGAUUGUUUUCUUUAUUGAUAGUAAGGACAAAUAAAUCUUCUUUUUUUUUUUUUUUGCAACGUGAUUGGAUGUGCUAUAGUGCAACAAAGGUUUUGCAGACCAAAAGGAGGUUACUGUAUAAUAUUCAUUUACAAUUCACUAUAUAAAUAACUACACAAAUAAUUUUUAAAUAUAAUCAAACUAAAAUAAACCUCUGUUCUGUGGAUGGUAGUGUUUAAUACAUUUUAUAUUUUGUAUAGUGAUUACAAGCCUUUUUUGUUUCUUUAAAAAUCAGCAGCUGUUUAGUAUAAUUCUUAGUAUUAUUUUGUUCUUUGCUCAAUACAAUUUUCUGCACGCUUUUGUGAUCUGUGUUUAAAACCAACAUUGCCAACAAUGCAGCUUGAACUUAAGCUUGUUAUUCAAAAUAAAUAUUUAAUUUUUUUUAUUGCUCUUGUAUAAGUGCAUGAACUUUUUUGAUUCCUAUCUGAAUUAUUCACUAAAAGAGGAGAAAUCCUAAUUUUUAAAAUUUAUAUUGCAUGUGUGAUUAUAUUGAUAAUUGUGAUCACUCCUUGAAUCAGUUCUCCAAGCUGUGAUGUCCAGUGGUAACCUCGAGUACAGCUGAGGGCAAGUAGGUUAUCUCCAAGUUUAUUAUCCACUUGAUUUUGUUUAUUUUACUUACCAGCACCAAGUCUGCAACAUUUUGAAUCGUUUCCCCUGCAAGUGCUGCUGUGCCUGCUGUCAGCAAGAGGAGGGCUCGUGGAGGGGAUGCUGGAGCCCCUGUUUGCCCGGCCAGCACCGGGAGCUGCCCCUUGCAGCAGCCCCACCGCUGACCCCGCUCUGCACAGACACUCCCUGCUGUCCUGAGCUGCGCUGAGCCUGCUCCUGAAGCUUCUCCCAGGUUCUGGAAUUUCCUCCUUGAUACUCAGACCAGCAAGAAGAAAAUCUUGUCACUGCAGCAAGAAUUACAAAGGCUUCCAUCUGUAAAAAACGAGUUACUGGGUCAGAUUGAGUCUUGCAUCAUGCACGGUUUAAAUUUCCAGUCUUCCUCUAAUGGCAUCUCUGGCAAACCUUGGCCCAUCCUUUUUCCACUCAGCAGUGUUUUU